AUGCAAACCACGCACGCAGCACCUUCUGCCGCACUACUACUUGACGCUGCACCGCUAAACGGGAUGCAGAAUGAGUCGACUUCCGUCUCAGAACCGUCUACCAUGACGUAUCCCAACGGCAGCGUGGCGAACGCCAGCGGCCACGCCCCUGAAAACGACAUCUACCGGCCCUUCUCCCUGUUCAGCGUGCUCACCCUGACCCUGCUGGCCAUGCUGGCCGUGGCCACCUUCAUGUGGAACCUGGUGGUGCUGGUCACCAUCCUGCGAGUGCGCACGUUCCACCGGGUGCCGCACAACUUGGUGGCGUCCAUGGCCAUCUCCGACGUGAUGGUGGCGGCGCUGGUGAUGCCGCUGAGCCUGGUGCACGAGCUGAACGGACGCCUGUGGAAGCUGGGCCGCGUCCUCUGCCAGGUAUGGAUCUCCUUCGACGUGCUGUGCUGCACGGCCAGCAUCUGGAACGUGACGGCCAUCGCUCUGGACCGCUACUGGUCCAUCACGCGCCACCUGGAGUACACGCUCAAGACGCGCAAGAAGAUCUCCAACGUGAUGAUCGCCCUCACGUGGCUGCUGUCAUCCAUCAUCUCGCUAUCGCCGCUCUUCGGCUGGGGCGAGACGUACACCGAGGGCAUGAAGUGCCAGGUGAGCCAGGAGCCGUCGUACACCGUCUUCUCCACGUUCGGCGCCUUCUACCUGCCGCUCUGUGUGGUGCUCUUCGUCUACUGGAAGAUCUACAAGGCGGCCAAGCUCCGGAUCGGCUCUCGCAAGAGCAACACCAUCACUCCCAUGGCAGAGGUGAAAGAGGAGGCUCGGCAGCCCCAGAUGGUGUUCACGGCGCGGCACGCCACCGUCACCUUCCAGACGGACGGCGACACGUGGCGCGAGCAAAAGGAGAAGAAGGCGGCGCUAAUGGUGGGCAUCCUGAUCGGCGUCUUCGUGCUCUGCUGGAUCCCGUUCUUCAUCACCGAGCUCAUCGUGCCGCUGUGCUCCUGCGACAUCCCGCCCAUCUGGAAGAGCAUCUUCCUGUGGCUCGGCUACUCCAACUCCUUCUUCAACCCGCUCAUCUACACCGCCUUCAACAAGAACUACAACAACGCCCUGAGGAACCUCUUCUCCAGGCAGCGUUGA